UGCUGGGGGUGUAGGCGGGCAGGGAGGGUGUUUUCACUUCCCCCUCCCGCCUGCAAUUGGGAUCUCCGUGUGUGCAAUGAGAGCGAACACCCUCCCCCACCCUCUUGGCCCUCCCCUCCCUUCCGUGGCUGCUCUAGUGCUGGCCCAGCCCACGUUUUCUCUUUCUCCUUUCCUCCCUCCCUGGUCAUGUGUCGCCUUUUUUUGUUUGCUUGCAGUGGAAACAAUUUAUCGCUCUUCUGCUAGCACCGACCCAAAUCGCUGCCCAUCAGGAGUAAAGGGGAGGGGGAGAGCGAAGGCUGAAAGUGGGGGGGCGGGAAGGUAAAACUGCAGGAGGGUCCCAUGCUACUGUAUUUCCUCUUGUGCUCUGGGACCUCUUUCCCCUUCUGCACAUUGUUGGCUCAGUCUAAAGGAGGAGACGAUGCCUUGUUCAGUCAGAUGAAAGUUUGCAUAAUAACCAUGAAAGGACAGCGGUAAAAUCUCACCUCUCUCAAGCCAGGUGCUUCUGUCUAAAUGGGUCCAGUCAUGCCUCCCAGUAAGAAGCCAGAGGGCUCAGGAAUUAGUGUUUCCAGCGGACUGAGUCAGUGUUACCAAGAUAGCGAUUUAUCAAAGGCACUGCAUGAGGACGAGGACCUAGAUUUCUCUUUGCCUGCCAUCAGAUUAGAUAAAGGGGCCGUGGAGGAUGAAGAACUAACUAACUUGAACUGGUUACACGAGAGCAAGAAUUUGCUGAAAAGCUUUGGAGACUCAGUUUUAAGAAGUGUUAGCCCAGUUCAGGACAUUGAUGAUGACACGCCUCCUUCUCCUGCUCAGUCGGACAUGCCCUAUGAUGCCAAGCAGAACCCCAACUGCAAACCUCCUUAUUCCUUUAGCUGCCUCAUAUUUAUGGCCAUUGAGGACUCGCCAACCAAACGCCUGCCUGUAAAGGAUAUAUACAACUGGAUCCUAGAACACUUUCCCUAUUUUGCUAAUGCUCCCACUGGAUGGAAAAAUUCUGUGAGACAUAAUCUGUCGUUGAAUAAGUGUUUUAAGAAGGUGGACAAAGACAGAAGUCAGAGUAUUGGAAAGGGGUCCUUGUGGUGUAUAGACCCAGAAUAUAGACAAAAUCUCAUUCAGGCUUUGAAAAAGACACCCUAUCAUCCAUAUUCACAUGUGUUCAAUACGCCUCCCACAUCUCCUCAAGCAUAUCAAAGCACAUCAGGUCCACCCAUUUGGCCAGGAAGCACCUUUUUCAAGAGAAAUGGAGCCCUUCUACAAGAUCCUGACAUUGAUGCUGCCACUGCCAUGAUGCUUUUGAAUACUCCCCCUGAGAUACAAGCAGGUUUUCCCCCUGGAGUGAUACAAAAUGGAGCUCGUGUUCUGAGUAGAGGAAUGUUCCCAGGAGUUAGGCCAUUGCCAAUCAACCCUAUUGGAAGCAUGGCUGCUGCAGUAAGGAAUGGGCUAGCAAACUGCCGGAUGAGGACAGAAAGUGAACAAUCGUGUGGCUCUCCAGUCGUUAGUGGGGACCCAAAGGAGGAUCACAACUAUAGCAGUGCCAAAUCUUCCAACCACAGGAGCACUUCACCUGCUAGUGACUCUGUUUCCUCUUCCUCUGCUGAUGACCAUUAUGAAUUUGCUACUAAAGGCAGCCAAGACAGCAGUGAAGGGAGUGAAGUUAGCUUCCAGAGCCAUGAGAGCCAUAGUGAAACAGAAGAGGAGGACAAAAAGCAAAACCGGAAGGAGACCAAGGACUCUUUAGCUGACAGUGGAUAUGCAUCCCAGCACAAGAAAAGGCAACAUUUACUGAAGGUGAAAAAAGUACCAAGUGACACACUGCCUCUUAAAAAGAGACGUACGGAAAAGCCCCCAGAGAGUGACGAUGAGGAGAUGAAAGAAGCAGCUGGAUCACUCCUGCAUUUAGCGGGAAUUCGGUCCUGUUUGAAUAACAUCACCAAUCGGACGGCAAAGGGGCAGAAAGAGCAAAAGGAAUCCACAAAAAAUUAGAACAAAUCAUCGAUUUGUUUGAACUUACAAAAUUUUGUUUCAGCACGUCAGGUGAAUUCUAAUGAUUUGUGGCAAUAUCAGCAUUUUUUGUUUUGUUUUUUCUUUUUUUUUCUUUUUUUGGACCCUUAAGAUUUUUAUUUUUAAAGGAGAUUGAAGCCAUAGAACUCAUACUGACACUCAGCUAAUUUACAAAAGCUUUUCAUUCCCUGAAGACACACAGUAAAAAAGCCAAAAUCACCAUUGCUUUCUCCAGCUUGUCGGAAAUGCAUGGUUGAAUACGCAGUGACAUCAACAUUAUUGUGAUGGGAGUACAAUUCGGCCCUUGGAAAUCCCUCUGAUACCUAGAAGAGAUGUGCAUAAUUCAGUAAUCAUUCAGGCCUGGCCCUUAGGUUAAAAAAAAAAUGGCCUUACAAUUGGGUUAUAAGCGAAUGUGAAUAAAGAGAUUUGGAGGAGGCCUGGAGUCUUCAACACCAAACCAAGAACCGGUGGCAGUUGGAUACAGUUGUGCCAUAGAAGUCUUUGGACAGUCACUGGAGGCGAUUGCGCAUACAGUAAUGCAUUAUUAGUGCUCCCUGUACUCUAAGUGGCUCAUAAUGUGAAGACUGAUAACUUUAAGUUGUGGAAAAUUUGAACUGUGUAUGCAACGGGUUUCAGUGAAAUAAUGAGAAGAAAUGGUUGGGGGUGGGAGGGAAUUGUUAAAGGUAUUGUUAAUCAUUGAAUUCUGUCUUCAAUAUUAAAUUAAAAGAAUGUUCAAAAAGCCAUAAGCCUGAAGAUUGGCACUGCGUGCAAAAUAAUAAUAAUAAUAAUAAUAAUAAUAUGGAAAACAAGCUAUGUCUUCUAAACUGCCUGAGUGAAAAGCAAUCAAGUCUAAGAAAUUACAGUAGAUAUUACGGAAGUAACUAAAUCAGAAUAUUUUUCUGUGGAUCAAAAAUAUUUGGUCUAACUGGGGAAAAAAUGCUACAAAACCUGCCAUUAGUAUUAUGCUGUAUUUAAAACAAAAAACCAGAUACAAAAAAAGCAUAUUGAUGGACAAGAAAAUAGAAUACAACAAAGAGCUCCUAUACUGCCCUCAAAAUUGAGUAUGCAGUUAAUGCCAGUCAGGAUUCAUCUGUGCAAAAACAUCAUCAGAUUUCCAGAUUCAGCCAGUGUAGCCAACAGAAAAUUCUGAUCGACAUUGCAUGGAUUUGAGGGAGGGGAAAUUAAAAACAACAACUUUUUUUUUUCAAAGAUAACAAAAUUCUUGUAAGGUAAAUAAUGUAUUUAGCAUGAAGCAUGAAUUAUUUUCAUAUAAAUAUAGAAAAUAGAGAAAAAGGCUAUGCCUCUAAUUUUUAAGCCCUUAGGCUUAGAGUCUUUUAUUUUUGGGGGGUUUUUUUGUUUUUUUGUUUUGUUUUUUUUUUUUUUUUUUGAAGCAGGUGUUUAAGGUUUAACCUUCUUCAGGGACAAACACUGACUGUUGGGGAACUUACUCUGCAAUAUUAAAAAUAUCUUCACACUCUGGUAGGGCUUGGAUGGUUGAAUUAUACUGCCUUGUCUGCACAUUCAGCCCCCUCUCACUUUUUUUUUUU